UCCAACCUAUUGCAGCUUAAUAGCACUAUUAGACAAGUCACGUUUUAACAUAUUCUAUCUCCUUUAGUUCAAACUCACAGGCUAGCAGAAUAGACACAAUGGCAUCCACUACUUCACCACCUGUGUAUGGGGACAUCUCUCCAUUGCCAACAGGAUUGAAAACAUUCACUACUUUUCCAGACCUUCUUAUGGUACUUGAGUGGGUUUUCGGUGGCCUUGUGUGGAUUUUAGUAGCUUCUACCACAAUUCCAUAUGGAUUACCAUUACUUCAAGGAUGGGUUAUGUUUGUUUCAAUCUUUUGCUUUGUUUUUACAUCUAUGCUCAUAAUACUAUACUGUAUUGGAGCGCAUGGUGGAAAAUCUUCCUGGACAACUAUAGAUGCCUUUUAUCACUUUAUUGCUGCCAUAUUCUACCUAAGUGCUUCAGUACUACAGGCUUAUGCAACAAUAGGUUCGAAUGGCGCGGGUAAAAUCUAUCAAGAGAACAUCGCUGCAGUGGUAUUUGCCUUUAUUGCAACAGCACUUUAUGUGGUCCAUGCAGUGGCAUCUCUGUUCAGAUGGAAAAAAUCUCCUUAAGUUAAAAAGUCCUAAAAAUAUGAAAUGCAGAUCGAACAAAGUCUUCUGUGUUGCUUUUUAAAUGUGUAGGUUUGCUGAAAAUACAGACAAUUACAUCUAGGUCAGUUUUAACAACGGCUUAAAGUGACAAUAAACUAAAUUUAUUUUUAACAUUGAUCGUUCCAAAAUAUCAAGUAUACCAUGGCUGUGUUUUUUUUUUUCUUACCAUUGUUGUCAAGCCUCUUUUUUGUCCUGUAAAUGCUUCCUAUCUCCCUCCUGAUGCACCUCACCACUACCAAUGUAAACCGAGGAGUGUUUUUAUUUCUGGUCACAUGAUCACAUUAUACAUACCGUACUACAAUUCAUAUAGAAUUAAAUGUCAGCAAAAAGGUGUAUAGUCGGGAGCGCGCAGGAGCGGGUGGCUUUGUUCAUAUACACAAGUGAGGCAUGGAGCAUGAAUGUAGCCACCAUAAAACAGGAAGUCUGAAAAUAUCAGAGUAAAGCUUGCAUUUGAGGGAUGAAACCAAGAAAGUGAGACAUAUCACAUUCAAAUUAUAUUUAAACAUAUUGCUUUUAUUU